AUGAAUCAGCUGGCCAUGCUGCUGUUAGCAGGCGCCCCGUUCGACUACCGUACCACCAUGAACCCGACGCUGGACGCCGAGAAGGCGGCUGGCAUCGUGCCGGCCUCCAAAAACGCGUCCCGCGCGUCUCGAGCCAUUAGUACGCCGAUGCACCAGUACGCCACGUCGACGUACUCCCCGUACAGCCAAAACCAAUACCAGCAAAACGGGUACAACAACCAGGGCUACGGCGGCAGCAACAUGUACAGCUCCUCGAACCAGUAUCCCUACACCAACCAGCAGCUAUCGUACAACGGCCAGUAUCAGUCCUCUACCCCAUCGACGCAAUACCUGCUUCGGGAUCAGAACUGGAACUACAACUACAACCCGAAUUCUCAGUACAACGGCUACAGUAACGGGUAUAAUGGACAGGCUCUCUACAACCCCCUGACCAACCAGUAUAGCAGCCCGAAUUCGAUGCAGUCCCAAAACGGAUACCAGACCAACUGGAACACAAACUACAAUGGCAAUCAGCGAUAUCCCAAUACCUUCAGAUUCCGACGAGCCCUCAGGGCCAAGCGGCAAAGCUCCGCUCAGAAUUCCGGCUUCAGCGCCUCGUCCUCCACCACCGCUAACCCGCUGUACGGGUCGACGCAGCAGUACGGGGCGACGACAAACUACAACAAUCGACAGUACGAUCAGCGGGGAGGGAACGCGAACCCGGAAAGCUUGAUUCAGAAUCCCAACUACGCCUACCUUCCCCAGAAUCUGGAGAACCAGUACUUGGCCAGCUACGGCAGGAUGUACGACCCUUCCGGAAACAGCAACUUUAUGACGCCUGCCACCGAGGCGCCGAUACUUUCGAAUGACGCGCAGAACCAGCAGAAUUACCAGAAAAUUCAGCAGGACAACGUCGGCGGCACCGACAAGUACCAGGUGGACCCGUCGCAGGUGACGAACAACAUCUACGGCUACGACUACAGCAGCUCGAGCAAUCGCCAGGGCCGGAAG